GCAAGCCGACAAGCGCUACACCUCGGGUAUCGACAUCGAAAUCACCUUCGACGAGAAGGCGGCCAUUUCACCAGAAGCCGACAACGGCGACAUCCCGCAGAUGGGGGGUGUCAUUGAGCCGUUGGAAUCCCUCGCCUCCAUCGAGCGCCAGGCGCCCCGCAAGGUUUAA